GUAAGGUAAAUGGCAGCUACUUUCUCAGUCAUCAUCUAUUUUAAUGGCCGAUGGUUCCGAAAAGUCUCCCCAAAUAAGAGUGGUUCAACAAGAGCAAUUCUCCAUUUUGUUUAUUUUGCCCAAAUUUUCCUUAAUAAUAACCUAACCCUCUUCUUCCUUCCGCCCUAUUCUAUAUCUCUACUUUUAUCUGGUCCUAGAACGAGGUUGCUUGUUUCGACGACAUGGCAGCGGUGUCCGAUCAGACCACUAGUAUAUGCACUCACUGUGAUCGGGCUAUCCCUUCUGCAAAUAUUGAUUUGCAUUAUGCUCAUUGCUCUCGGAACCUUGAAAGAUGCAAAAUUUGUUGCGAUAUGGUUCCGAAAACGCUUGCCGAGGAGCACUAUUUGAACACACAUGCCCCGGUUGCCUGUUCGCUGUGCAGUGAAACUAUGGAACGUGAUAUUUUAGAUAUUCAUAGAGAUGAAAAUUGUCCUAGAAGGAUGGUCACCUGUGAGUUCUGUGAGUUUCCCUUGCCAGCCAUUGAUCUGGUUGAGCAUCAGGAAGUAUGCGGGAAUCGAACAGAACUUUGUCACCUUUGUAACAAGUAUGUUAGACUGCGUGAAAGAUACAACCAUGAAGAUAGUUGCAACAGAAUUCAAGAGAAUUCUUCAAGGCCUUCAAGGUACGUGAGACCAGUUGAAAGAGACGAAGGUCCUCGAAGAAGGCCGCAGAAUGAUUUCCCAAGAAAGCGUGUUUUUUUCACAAUAGCAAUCACCGGUAUUGCUGUUAUUCUCGGGUCUAUUUUUUUCCAGAGAAAGACAGAUCUCAGCAAUUUGCAAUAACAGGGGAGAGAAUACGUGUUACUGUAAAUUUGCUUGAUCUGUAUAAUUUAUUUGCAUAUAACAGAAGCUCGAAUGAGAUAAUUAUGGGAUAUCCUUCACCUGCUGAUAAAACAGAUUGUCAUUGUCAUUGAAUUAUUAUUGUGGUAUUCUAUUUGAUAGUGAAAACUGCCAAGUAGCAAGAGAUAAAUGAGUCAUUCGUUACCAA